GUGCAGAGGGGAACUCUAAAAUUUUUGGCAAAGGUAGAAAUUAUAUGGAUAAAUCAAGCAGCAAGGCCUCAUCUGCUAUAGUGCCUUUGCCUGCUCAGAUAACCAGGGAUGAGAUCCUAGAGUCACCCAAUUUGAAAAUCUUUUGCUUCAGGGAACUAAAAGAAGCUACAGGUGAUUUCAGUCAAGAUAAUGAGUUAAGAACAGGCGAAUUUGGUUGUUUCUUCAAGGGGUGGGUUGAUGAACAUACAUUAAAGGCUGUCAGGCCUGAGACGGGCAUGGCUAUUGCUGUAAAGGUGGUCUGUGAGAAGAGUUGCCAGGGACAACAAGAAUGGCUGUUGGCAAUCACUCUCAACCACUUUCCUGGAACCUCUACAUGAAAAUUGCCCUGGGUGCUGCAAAGGGUCUAGCAUAUCUUCAUAAUGAGGCAGAUGUAACAUGUAGAGACUUCAAGGCUUCUAAUAUCUUACUCGAUUCGAACUAUAAUGCCAAGCUCUGUGAUUUUGGGUUGGCCAAGAAUGGACCAACAAAUGGUAAAAACUUUGCAGGCUUCUUGGGUACUGCAGGGUAUAUAGCUCCAGAAUAUAUCAGCACAGGUCAUGUAACUGCAAAGAGCAAUGUGUACAAUUUUGGAGUUGUUCUCCUGGAAAUUUUAUCUGGCAGGCAAUCUAUAUCCAUAAUCAAGCCAUCUGAAGGACAAGAUUUUGUUGAGUGGGCAAGAAACUUGGCCAGUGCAGGAAAAUUUUCUCAUUUUAUGAAUAAUCUUGAUGUUCUGGGCCAGAACUCCUCAGAUAGUUUCCUGAAAGUAGCUAAACUUGCAUUUCAAUGUGUGUCAAAGGAACCAAAUUCUAGGCCAACAAUGAAAGAUGUGGUAGAAGUUCUGCAAGAACUUCAGGAUUUCAGUGAGAAUGUGGGAAAACAGGAGAACUUCAAACAUUAUCUUCUGAGCUACAAGAAAUGGUCUGAAAAGUUGCAGAAAAUAUUGUUCAACAAAUUUUGCAGUGGAAAAGCUGCCAUGUUUUCUGAGUCCCAUCUGCAAUGUAUGUUCUGACAUAUAAAUGAUGUUCUUGGUAGGAAAAUUCCUGAAAUGCUUGGUCAGAUCCAUUGCAAUUUCAUGUAAUACUGUUUGCAUUUUCAUUCUCUAAAUGAUGCUAUUGGAGUUGGAGAUGUACAGUUUAAAGCCAUGAAAAUUGAAGUCCAAACACAGCCUAAAAUAUUA